GACACGGAGACACACACACGCGCGAGCCAUGCAGCAAUCGGACGACAUGGAGGGUUCCAUGGAAUCCCCCAACCUGGAGUUUGAGUAUGGGGACACAGACAUUCUGACUGCAGAACUCUCAGAGCUGUACAGUUACACGGAGGAGCCUGAAUUCAGUCUGAACAGGGAUUGCUUUGAGGAGGAUUUUAGGAGUCACGUGAAGGGCAGGAGAUGGGUGGAGCUAAGUGUGGAUGAACAGAGAGCAUAUAUCAUGCGACUGCUGGACGCUUUGGAGGUCACGGACAGAGACAAGAGACUCAAAGUUGCUCGGUCAAUACUCUACCUGGCUCAGGGGGUGUUUGAUGAGUGUACCACCGAAGCAGAUGUUCUCCACUGGUCACGACACAAUGUCUUUCUGCUCUAUGAGAUGGGCAUCUUCACUGCACUGCUGGAGCUCCUCAGCAUGGAGAUUGAUAAUAACCAGGCAUGUAGCAGCGCUGUCAGGAAACCUGCCAUAUCACUGGCAGACAGCACUGAACUCAGGGUGCCCUUGAGCAUCAUGUAUCUGAUGGUGGAGACGAUCCGUGUGGAAACAGGAGAAGACAAACCUGACUGGAGAAAGGCUCGAGAAUCAUUUAAAACUGAGCUGGGUUCACCGCUCUACAACGGGGAGCCUUUCGCUCUUCUUCUCUUCACCAUGGUAACCAAGUUCUGCAGCAUGAGCGCCCCCCACUUCCCAAUGAAGAAAGUGCUGCUACUGCUUUGGAAAACUGUACUGUUCACUCUGGGUGGAUUUGAGGAGAUACAGGAGAUGAAGGUUAAAGGGAGAGAGAAGCUGGGUUUGCCCCCGCUCCCCGAGGACAGUAUUAAAGUGGUCAGGAGCAUGAGAGCAGCCUCGCCGCCAGCCACUGCCAUGGAGCUCAUUGAACAGCAGCAGCAGCAGAAAAGAGGUCGCAGGAGUCGCAGGAGUGCCUUUGUUGAUAGCUUGGAAGGAGACAGUCCCUUUGCCAAGAAGCAGCCUUUGGUCAAGCAGGACAGCCUGGACACCUACAAUGAGAGAGACCCCUUCAAAAACGACGACGCCCGGGAUGAGGAAGAUGAUGCAGAGGAUGUGGACAGUGGAAUAGAGGGUGAGGUUGACCCCCUCGACCGUGAUGUCAUCAUCCAGCCUCCUCCUCCUCCACCACCUCUGCGGCCUCCUACCGAGAGAGUGACCUUCCCUAAAGGGCUACCCUGGGCACCUAAAGUCAGAGAGAAAGAUAUCGAGAAUUUUCUAGAGACCAGCCGAAACAAGUUUAUUGGCUUCACCCUGGGCAGUGAUACAGAGACUCUGGUUGGGUUGCCUAGACCCAUUCAUGAGAGUGUGAAGACUCUUAAACAGCACAAGUAUGUCUCCAUCGCUGAAGUGCAGAUCAAACGGGAGGACGAACUGCAGCAGUGCCCCAUGACACUGGGGGAGGAGGAUGUGGAUGAGACACCUGCAGAAAGUCUCUAUGUGGGAAUGCUCCCGAGCCUCUCUCAGUAUGUGAUUGCCCUGUUAAAGCUUCUUCUGGCUGCAGCUCCGACCUCUAAAGCCAAGACGGACUCAAUCAACAUCCUGGCUGAUGUUCUUCCUGAGGAGAUGCCCAUCACUGUCCUCCAGAGUAUGAAGCUUGGCAUUGAUGUGAACAGACAUAAGGAAAUUAUUGUCAAGGCCAUUUCUGCACUGCUGCUGCUCCUGCUGAAGCACUUCAAACUAAACCAUAUAUAUCAGUUUGAAUAUGUGUCUCAACAUCUGGUAUUUGCCAACUGCAUCCCUCUUAUCCUCAAAUUCUUCAACCAAAACAUAAUGUCUUACAUCAGUGCUAAAAACAGUAUCUGUGUGCUGGAUUUCCCUAAUUGUGUGGUCCAUGAAAUGCCUGAACUCACUGCUGAAAGCCUGGAAGCUGGAGACAGUAACCAGUUCUGUUGGCGAAAUUUGUUCUCAUGCAUCAACCUUCUGCGGAUCCUCAACAAACUUACCAAAUGGAAGCACUCCAGAACCAUGAUGCUGGUGGUGUUUAAGUCUGCACCCAUUUUGAAGAGGGCACUGAAGGUCAAGCAAGCCAUGAUGCAGCUUUACGUCCUCAAGCUUCUCAAGAUUCAGACCAAGUACCUGGGUCGCCAGUGGAGGAAGAGUAACAUGAAGACCAUGUCUGCAAUCUACCAAAAGGUCCGGCAUCGACUAAAUGAUGACUGGGCUUAUGGGAAUGAUAUCGACGCACGGCCAUGGGACUUUCAGGCAGAAGAAUGUGCUUUGCGCGAGAGCAUUGAGAAGUUCAAUGCACGGCGGUACGACAAAAACCAGAACAGUGAAUUUGUCCCAGUGGAUAACUGCCUGCAGAGCGUGCUGGGCCAGCGAGUCGAGCUGCCUGAGGACUUCCGCUACAGCUAUGAGAUGUGGCUGGAAAGAGAGGUCUUCUCUCAGCCCAUCCAGUGGGAAGGCCUGCUACAAGCCUAGUGACACAACAAGAUGUUAACUUGAACCAGCCUGUUAUACAACCCGUUGUGGAUUCACAAGCAUCCCACGUGUAUACACACACACACACACACACACACAAACACACACACACACGCACACGCACACACACAUAUCCAGACAGAACUUAUAGCAGUGCGAUUCUUAUCUUGUGUAAAUAAAUGCCUGUAAAUAGAGAUAUCUUCAAAUACAAUGUAUGAGUUUUGGGAUGGUAAAUCAUUUCAUUUUUUAAAUACCAUGUAUACCUGACAACAAAUUCUCCAAUUCAACCUUUAUAUUGUAAAUAAAUAAAUGACCGUUUAAAAUAUAAAUACAGUAAAAAAAAAAAGUAUUAUGAGUAUGUUCUACAGAAAGAGUGAAGGUAUUUAUUUAUUUAUCUAUUCUUUUUAAGGGGUCUAUAGUCUACUGAUAAAACUUUUACUUUUGAUCCGUACUUGCAUAUAAAUAUAGAACAAAAAAAAGAAUGCAUGUCAAACUAAAGAGACUUGGUUAAAAAAAAGCCAAACAUGACAACCAUAAGCAUUACUCAUAUGUCAGCAAGACAGGAAAAACUGGUCCUUAAUGACUCCUUCUAAAUACUGCUGUCGUCUCUCUCUACAUGCAUAGUGUCCCUCAUAUAGUGUACUGGAGAAAUGUCCUUGAGAAAGUCACGUUUUUUUUUGCAUGUCAGACGUCAGGGCUUCCUACCAUUCAGUUAUAACAUAACACAAAAAAGCACAGAAGUGUCCUUGGUGAAUAGCAUCACCCUCUUUACAGAUAGCAAGACUCAAACAUAAAGGUGCUGGUUUUUAACACAAUUUUUAACACAAAAUCUCCUCUGCCUUCCUCCACUCCCUCCUGUUCACCUCUCUUGUUGCACUUCAUUAAAUAAAGACGAUUCAUUGUUUUAAAACAGGAGAGGGUUUUAUAGUCUUCAUAUCACAAUUUUUAUAUUUAUAAUCAUUUUUACUGUUCUGUCAAAAAUUAUUAAAAAACAUUUUAAGUCGUGACAUACAGCACUGUGGACAAGUCUUGAUUCACCCCUCAAUUCCUUGUAUUAAAUUCAUUUCAAUAAAAUUAUUAAGAUUACAUUUAAAAAAAAAAGUGGUUUUACUGCAACAGACUGCAAAGCGCCUAAAGAUAUGACUAAAAAUAUACAGUAGAUAUUGAUUGUUUAUGUAACAACCUGAGCAGCAACCUCAUUUUUGCUCCAACCAUUCAGCAUCACCAGUAUACUAAUCACCUGUCAUCAUCUGCACCUGUUUCUCACUGGUUCAUGCCUUUAGUUAGAUUGCUUUUUUAUGCUUGAAUGAUUCAUAGGUCACUGUGUGGCUUAACAAACAAAAAACAUUCCACUGAAACUGAUCAGGUGCAUGGACUUAAAUUAGAGCCAAAAAUUAUUAUUCCUCUAGAUUACAUUAAAAUGUAAGAAAGUCUGACUCUUUGGAAGAAAAAUAUAGAGAUAUGAGGUGUGGCUCAAGACUUUAUUUGCACAGUACUGUACUUACUAAUAAAAAAAAAUUGCAGACCAAUGUAAGUUUACUUUCUUUCUUUAAGCAAGAAAAAACAGUAGAACUGUUGCAGAACAUAUUUUAAUCUUUAAUCAGAUGCACCUCAUUGUGUCUUAUUCUCCGAUAUCACUGUCACAAAAAAAAAAGUUAUGUAAUUAUUUCUGUUUUUCUGGUCUCAAAACUGUCUGUACAGAGAUAUUUAUCCAACAUAAGGGAACAAUAUCAUCUAGUGGCUGCACAAAAUAGAUAAAAUUGAUAUUGUGAUUAUAUUGUGACAUAUUGCACUUGCAAUAUGCAUUAAUAUAUUAAAAGACAUUUGUGAAUCCAUA